AUGUCUUUCAGGUCAGUUGGGGAAAAGGAAUCCUCAAGUGGAGCUGCCUCUGCAAGUUGUCCAAAUUCUGUUCCUCCCUUGUUGUUGCCUCCACCUCCACUACUCAAUGAUUCUGUUAUGUCUGGCUAUGGAGGUGACAAAGAGGAUGAAGAUGACUCUGCCAUAGACAAUGACAGUGCUGAACACAAAGCCAUGGACAUUCCUUCCUGCUGUUCAUGUAAUCCUAAAGACUGUGAUGUAGGUGGCAUGACUGCAGCCCCAAUCCGUUACCAUGGCAAGUCAUACAUUGUCUUCACAAGGUCAUCUUCUUCGACAGUAGGCGCAACAUCAUCAGGCAAUGCUGCCUGUCUUGGUGCAGAAGAUCCAAGCAGGAGCUGUGAUAACAGCAGCACACACCAGCGGUCACCAUGUGCCCAUGCUGAGGCUUGUAACCUAUGUUAUCUACUUGAUAUUCGGUCACGGCCACAGGCACGAAACGUCUGUGAUUCUGAGAGUGAUGACUCUGAUAUGGACUAUGAAAAUUCCCACAAGAGCAGUCUCAUUAAGACCCGGUCACGCACGCAGCCCCAGUGUGUUGUCAGCAGCAGUUUCAAAAGGAAAUGUAAGACACAAAUUGGUGGGGCAUCAAAAACGUUUGUCAUUCCAUAA